CGCAUGCGCGGCGGGUCUCCCCGCAGCGUUCGUCGCCUCCUUUGUGAGGGGCGGGCGCGGCCCCGCCCCGAGCGCGGUGCCGGGCGCAGACGGAGCGGCCGCGGCGGCGCCAUUUUGCGGCGGUGCGGGAGGCGCGGGCGGGAGGUGGCGGUGGUGGUGCCGGUAAUAGCGGCAAUAGCGGUAACGGCGGCGAUAACAGUGGCCGUGGGUGUUGCUGCUGCUAAUCGGGACUAGCGUCCCCCGUUCGCCCCAGCCCCGUGGCCAGGACUCUGCCGAUAUGAGCGACGUGGAGGAGAACAACUUCGAGGGGAGGGAGUCUCGCUCCCAGUCAAAAUCUCCAGCUGGGAGUCCUGCUCGUGUAAAAUCAGAGAGCAGGUCAGGAUCUCGCAGUCCGUCGAGGGCUUCCAAACAUUCUGAAUCGCACUCUAGGUCAAGAUCAAAGUCAAGAUCCAGGUCCAGAAGACAUUCGCACAGACGUUACACGCGGUCCAGAUCCCAUUCUCAUUCCCAUAGGAGACGUUCUCGAAGCAGAUCGUACACACCAGAAUACCGUCGUCGAAGGAGCCGUAGUCAUUCUCCAAUGUCCAACAGGAGAAGGCACACUGGCAGCAGAGCUAAUCCAGAUCCUAAUACCUGUCUUGGAGUGUUUGGUCUCAGUUUGUACACUACUGAGAGAGAUUUACGUGAGGUCUUCUCCCGUUAUGGACCUUUGACUGGUGUCAAUGUGGUUUAUGAUCAACGGACUGGACGAUCAAGAGGAUUUGCUUUCGUUUAUUUUGAGAGAAUUGAUGAUUCUAAGGAGGCAAUGGAGCAUGCAAAUGGAAUGGAGCUGGAUGGCAGGAGGAUUCGAGUGGAUUACUCAAUCACCAAGAGAGCACAUACACCCACCCCAGGCAUCUACAUGGGCAGGCCAACACACAGUGGAGGAGGUGGUGGCGGUGGAGCAGGUCGUCGCCGGGACUCAUAUUAUGACAGGGGAUAUGACAGAGGAUAUGACAGAUAUGAAGAAUAUGACUACAGAUACAGGAGACGAUCACCAUCGCCUUAUUAUAGUCGAUACCGAUCGCGAUCAAGAUCCCGUUCCUAUAGUCCAAGGCGCUACUGAAGAUUAGAAGAGUUACAGUUGAGGACUUGAUUUUUAAAUACAAAGUUCAGAUCUUUAGCAUCCCUACUGCUUUCCCUUCCAUCUUCCCUUUCUUGUUCUCCUUCCGGCUCUUUCACAAGUCUUUGGUUCAUUUAGAAUAUACAUAUUUUCAGUUGAAGUAUUCCUAUUUUCCAUCCCUUCUUAUUGUAAUACUCUUAAAUAUUGUAAUUGUUGUAGUUUUUGUGUAGUAAAACAUCUUGAGUAAAAUGAAAUAGAGAAACCCAAAGUGCUGAUACAUUUUGGAAGUCAUUCCUAUUUCGUUUUUACAACAGUUGGACUCCUGACUAAUCAGAAGAGAGCGUUGAUAUUUUUAAAGCUUGCAUGUCAUAUGUAGUAUACACACUCGGAUACUUUAACAUAAACCUGCAUUUCCAAGUAACUUGUUAAUCUUUCUGUUAAAAUGUUUACCUAUUACUUUGAUAAACAAGUAAUGACUUUGAGCCUUUUCUGUAAUGAUAAAUUUGCUUAGAUAGUCAUGAACCAGAGGAUUGGGGUUUUUUUUGUUUUUGGGGGGUUUUUUGGUUGGUUUUGUUUUUUUUAAUGUGUCAUGUAAUUGCUUUGAGAGUAGACUAUUUGAGCUAGAUCAGAAUUUGGUAUUUGACUGGGAGAAUAGAUCCUUGUACACUCAAAAUUAAGGCUGUGUGUUUUAUAGAAAAAGUUUCUGGAUUGCUACACAGUGGAUAACAGUUGAAAUUAAAAUUGUUUAAUUCCUGGGGUCUCUGUGGUACUUGGCUGAGUAUUUCCCCUUAAUUGGUGCAGAAGAAAAAAUAUUUAUUGAACAUAGCAAUUAGUUAUAUAAUUUGCUGUUCAUGAAAGAAAAAGUCACAAACUUUUUGGUAUUGAAAUAAUGAUGGAGCAAGUUUUGUUUCCAGUCCUUUUUGAACUUUUGGAAGUAUGGAUGGAAAAACCUACAGCUACAUGUAAACCUUUUUUUUCCCCUCAAUAAAAGUUAAGUCCACUGA